AGUUCUUGGCAAUCACCAUGGGCAUGCGACUACAGAAGACAGCAUCGUCUUUCUUCCAGUCUCGAAGCGUUUCCGGACAAUCUUCCCGAAGUGCGCACUCACCACUGGCAUCUCCUACUGUUGAGAAGGCUGGAUCUCUGGAACCUCAGCGUCCUCUAUCGCCCAAUUCUCGAUCAAGACCCUCAUCUCGUCUUCGCAAUAGAAGUCCUCCCUCGCCACCCGCGGACGAGUUAUUUAAUAGGCCGACUGCCGAUACGCUAGAUCCAGUGCUCGCUGUGAGGGACGAUAAAAGNAACCGCCGGAGAUCAUGGUUCGGGCGAAGUAAGAGCACCGAGAGCAUAGAAAGAGGACCCAAGGCAUGGGUCGUUGGCCAUCCCGAACGUCCAACAUACGAUCUCGGUCGUCUGGCUGGUGGAGAACAUUUGCUGGAGUUGUGGGACGAAACCGCAGACUGCGAGGUACACUUGUUUCCUAGGACUUCUGGCAAGGGUCCUUCGUUCAAGAUUGAUUCGGCGUUGUUGGCUUCAUCGAAGCUUUUGUCCGAGUUAGUCAUACCUUUCCAAUCGGAUGUCAAUACGAACACUGAGGGGCCUCAUACGCCUCCUAUGACUCCUAAAAGUGGAUCGAAAUGCCAGCUCUUUCUACCAAUCGCAUUGAAGUCCGAUGUGGCCCUGUCGGUGCCGACUGGUUUUCAAGGAUUAUCAGAUGAUGAGGAGAUUCUUGUUACAACACGCAAUCUCUUUGCUUUCCUUGCUGGAGAAUCCUUGGUUGCCACACAGGAGAACCCUACUAUNUUUUCUGUCUUGAUCAGGGUAUCUGAUACUCUGAAACAGUUUGGCUUCUCGAACCUCGAUGGAUCAACAUUUGGCGAAAUUGCAACUUCCAGCUUCGACAGAUAUGUGGAUGAGCUCGGUUUGGCCGACGUGAGGUCGAGCCGUGAGAAGACUAUUGAAGGUAUAAUCCUGGGAGAGCGCAUGAAGAGCAUCAAGUUGUAUAACGAGGCCUUCACGCAUGCCAGCGGGAAAUACGACGAGCUUCUGAAAUCAGGAAGUCCCAAAUUCAGAAUGAUCAGUCCCAUAACUGCGAACAGACUGGGACGUGCAGCGAUGGAUCUGGAGAAGCGUACGGCAAGCGUUCGACAAACCUUGGAAGACUUUGACUUUCCGCAACUCUUCUCCGGCUUCCUGAACAGCAAGACAGCCGAUGAGCGCAAGGAUGUUGACUUUGACCUUCUGCGAGACUCGUUCCUCGGGACUCGGAAGUUUGUCAUGUCAUAUUACAAAAGUCGAUUUGGUUCGUGGCCGCCAAAAGCCUCGAAAAGAACGAAUUGGAAACAAGCGUUUGUCAANGAUUUAUACCAUGACUUCUGCGCUGUGUACGACUUCUUGGUGGACCGCACGAGUCUGACAAAUCGUACCGCAGAUGGUGUCUUGAUCGACGAUAGAGAUGCUGAUGCACCACGGGUACGAGCACUUCGUGCUGUGCUUAGUGAGUACGACCGAUCUUUGCCGCCCGUCAAACCACCAAUUCCAUACGACCUGCCCAUGAUCCCAUCGUUGAGACAGACCCGUUGCAAUGGGUGGGGUGAUGCGAAGAAAGAAGCGAAGGCCAUGUCGAAGAAGUUGAAAGAGGACGACAUUGCGGAGAUCAUGACAGCUUCACACAAUAUCGAUGUCCCACCCUCGCCAUUCUUAAACUGUUUCAGAGAGGUCGAAAGAAAGUCAGCCAAGCAUCGCACUAUCAAAGAACUGGCAGAGAUUCGUAUGGGCCAAUGGCUCUUCGUCUAUGCCGUGCUGCAAGCUUUGCCAUUGGUCACGGUUGAUGGACCUCAACUCCAGCAUACUCAGGGUGUGGAGUAUUUCCUUUGCGAAUCUCCCAGGUUUGGUGUGCCUUGGGCGAGGGAAGAAGCGCUUCGUGACGUUAGUCGUACCGGAAUAGCCAGAGCAGGGGGCAUCGCUCGCCUGCCUGCUGAUGUCUUCCAUCAUGGCGCGGACGGCAUAUACUUCCGAAGCCACUGCUGGCAGGCAGCUGAGAGAUGGAGUGCUGCAAACGCAGUACUAGCUUCAGAACUUCCUUUGCAACACCACCUCGACAUACAAGAAUUCCACCCUCCCGCUGUCGUUGGGGCACAGGCACCGGAGAGCAGGAAUGGCAGUCCUGCCCCUGAGGUUGAGAGUCGACGAAUAGUAGGUCUUGGUCUGGAUUUGCCUUCAGCUUCUUCCNNAGGUAACAGGACUCGAUCAGCAAGACCGGUUAGCGUGUAUGACCCUAACUUGACAUUCGACUCCUUCUUACCUGCAUCUGGUAUGGGCAAGAAGAAAAAG